GCGGCUUCACUUCGAUGUGUGCAUGUAUGAGUGCGUGUGUCUGUGUGUGCUUGUUCAUUCUCUCUUUCGUUCCUGUCUCAUUGUGUGUGAAGCAAAUCGGCAUUUUUUUUGUUGUCGUGUAUGUCAAGAAGGAUUUACGAAAUGUCUAAUUACAGCAUUGCUGCUGUUGUCGCUGUUGCUGUGGCAUAAAACAAAGCCCAAAAAUAGAUUCGCACUUCAUUGAAUUCGCCUUGCCGCUGGCAUUUUUAGAUUUUUAUCAUUCGUUUGUUGAGUUGUAGUUGUUGCUGUUUUUUUUUCUGCUGUUUUGCACAUUCGCUACUUCUUCUAGGCAUAUAUAUAUUCUCUUCAGGUGAUAGCACCAGUUGUGUGUAUUUAAACCAGAGACAAAAGUCAAACACUGACCAUAUUUGUGUACGCAGCGAAGAGAGAAAAAUGGAAACAUCAGGUUUGUCAUUCAUUACAAAUGUACCGGAAAAUCCCAUGCAGAUUUUCGCAAACUGGCACAACGAAGCCAAUGAACACAGUGAUCCGAAUUUAUUUUUGGACACAAUGACUAUUGCCGGACUCAGCGACACCGACGAUUUACUCAACCGAAAUGUGAUUCUUCGAAAGCAUGACGAUAAUGGACUGAUCUUUGUAACGGAACGAAAUACCAUGAAAUUCAAGGACUUUGUAAAAAAUCCAAGUGUUGCAGCCGUUUUCUUGUGGAUCUAUAUGAUAAACGGCACUGCUGUCACUAGGCAGGUACGUGUGUUAGGAAAGGUGGCUGAGUUGAGUGAAUUGGAAAUUGCUGAGUUUUAUAAGGAAGAACCGUUGUUUGCGAGAAUUCGCAGUAAAAUAUGCCGAUGCGGUGAACCGGUCGAUUGGAAUGACUUGAAAGCAAAACAUGAUCUGACGUUGAAAGACUAUCAGGAUGGAAAAGAUACACUACCGCAAAGAGACACUUACACUGCAAUGCGAAUCAUACCACAAAAAUUCGACUUCUACCAUGCACGACGCCAUGAGAUAGCUGAUCGCGUAAAAUAUACGCUAGAAGACGGAAAGUGGAUAAAUUAUCACAUCGCUACUUAGUCAAGUGUACACUCAAUUUAUUUGCCGCAAUUUGUAGUCAUAAGUGUAGUUGCUUCUUAAAUAAUUGAUUAAUCGACGGUAUAUUUUGUUGACUGAACCGUAUGAUUUUGUUUUUACUCGUAGUUCAAACAAAUAAAGAUAAAGUCUCACCGCUUGAA